CGACAUUCACAGGGAAAACAAUAAUUACUGGGGAUUGUUGAGAAUUUCGGGGUGACAACGACCCGAGAGCUCUCUUCGAUCAACAAAGGGGCGAAGGAGGGGAAAAACAAAAACGUUGUGUACAGCUGAGACAGUCAUUCAAAGAUGGUGACUGUGGGCUACGUGCGUCAACAACUCACGAGUUUGGCACAUUCCGGCGGUUCCCACAAGGAACAGGCCGACAAGUACCGAGCCAUUCUGGAUGAGAUCCUCUCGUCCUCUGGGGAUGAGCUCGUUGACACACUGAAGAUCUUCAUCGAAGCUAUUGUCAACGAAAAUGUGAGUCUUGUGAUAUCGAGGCAGGUCCUGACGGACGUCAGCAAUCGACUCCUACAUCUCCCGGAUGAAAUAUCAAAAGCUGUUUCACAUUACACGUUAGACAAGGUUCAACCUAGAGUAAUUUCCUUCGAAGAGCAAGUAGCCAGUAUCAGGCAGCACCUGGCAGACAUCUACGAGAGAAACCAGAACUGGCGAGAAGCUGCGAACGUUCUCGUGGGCAUCCCCUUGGAGACUGGCCAGAAGCAGUACACAGUUGACUACAAGCUCGAGACCUACCUCAAGAUCGCCAGACUCUACCUCGAGGACGACGAUCCUGUCCAGGCGGAGGCCUUCAUCAAUCGGGCCUCAUUGCUUCAAGCAGAGUCCAAGAAUGAACAGCUCCAAAUUUACUACAAAGUCUGCUACGCCAGGGUCUUGGAUUACAGGAGAAAGUUCAUCGAGGCUGCCCAGAGAUACAACGAAUUGUCUUACAGAUCGAUUAUUCAUGAGGAUGAACGCAUGACUGCCCUGAGAAAUGCUCUGAUCUGUACUAUUCUUGCUUCAGCUGGACAACAAAGAAGCAGAAUGUUGGCUACCCUCUUCAAGGACGAGCGUUGCCAGCAGCUCCCAGCCUACGCAAUCCUGGAGAAGAUGUACCUAGACCGUAUAAUCCGUCGUUCAGAGCUCCAGGAGUUCGAGGCACUGCUGCAGCCCCACCAGAAAGCCUGCACAACCGAUGGUCUGGGCUCCACCAUCCUCGAUCGAGCAGUGAUCGAGCACAAUCUCCUCUCGGCCAGUAAAUUAUACAAUAACAUAACUUUCGAGGAGUUGGGAGCACUUCUGGAGAUUCCCCCCAUGAAGGCCGAGAAAAUUGCCAGCCAGAUGAUCACAGAGGGUCGAAUGAACGGAUACAUCGAUCAGAUCGAUUCCAUCGUUCAUUUUGAAACUCGUGAGAUUCUCCCCACCUGGGACAAGCAGAUCCAGUCCCUGUGCUACCAAGUCAACCAAAUAAUCGAAAAAAUUGCUCAAACCCAGCCCGACUGGAUAGCAAAAGCCAUGGAGAACCAGAUGGUCCAUUAACGCAGGUACAACAAUGUCAAAAAAUCUCCCUACUCAUCUCAAAUUUUCAAAUAACCCUGGCAUUACCGAUUUAACCAACAAUUGCAUUACUUUUCCCCCCGAAAAUUUCAAACUCGGCUUGAGGACAAAAUCAGUUGUCAUCGCAAAAACCACGUGUUCUUUUUUAUGUAAAUAAAUGAAAGAUUUACCAUAAA